AUGCCACAACAUCACUGUAUGAAGAGUCUGCAGCUACCAGACGGUCAACAGUGGUACAACAGGCCCCAUAUACAGAACAGUCCACGACAACAAAGCUCCACUAGAUUUCUAUGGGAUUCCUCGUGCAAGGAAGUUGACUCACCACAUGCUUCCUGGAUAGAGGACGACUGCUUUACAAAGGGAAACCUGAUUCUUGCUCCUAGACCGAUAGUCGUCUUCUGUGAAGAAAUCCGACGUGCUUACGCGGCGAAUCUGAACAGUCGAGUGAUAGCUCUUUGUUCCACGCAUGGGCCAACUACUUGUUUCAAAUUGUGA